AUGGCGAAAUGGGAGAGUGAAAAUGUAGGAAAUGAGGAAGAAGGUGGUGAGCAAAUAGAACAGCUGUUCAUCGACAUCAUCGAAACCACAGGAUACUGGAACAAGUGGCAUCUGCUGGUGUUUCUGGGAGUGUCCAUAGUGGCCCUGCAGGACGGGGGAAAUGUGCUAUGGCCCAUAUUUGCAGCCGCACACAUACCCCACAGGUGCAGGAUACCCGGACUGGAACAAACAACCAAUAACGACAACAACUAUAACUACAAUAGCUACGAUGACACUAGUUUUGAUAUUAGUAAUAUUAGUAUGAAGAACUACGAAAGACAAGAGUUGCAGAAUGUACCACACCAAUUAAUCCAGCAGACAUUCUUCCAAGAUCCCAAUGGAUUCGGCUGCAGUGGAGUCCUUGCAGACAACAACGAUGGCUGCACAGCACUAAACGCCAGUGUGGAUGACGUCAUAUCCGAAGCCGAGGACCUGAAUGUGACUUUAGCCGAACUGCUCUCUCAGCCGAACAUGUCGAGUGUGUUGAGUGGUGCUGAGUUCGCUAGAUGUGAAGAGAUGUUCGGCUAUGAGUUCAUGCCUGUGGAAGCUCUUGAUUCAGUCGUAUCAGAGUUCGACUUGGUGUGUGGCGGGGAGAUGUUCAGAAGGAUAGACAAGUCUCUGUUCGUGUUGGGACAAUGCAUAGGGGCCAUCAUCCUCGGUCAUCUCGCAGAUGUAUAUGGGAGGAAGACGCUGCUGAUCACUCAGUUCUUCCUUGAGAUGUUCUUCAUCGUCGGCAUGGCUCUGUCCAACAACAUCAUCCUCCUCAUAAUCCUCCGAUUCGUAGUCUCCAUCUUCAACAUGGGCAAAUACCCCAUCGCUGUCACCUUCGGGGCGGAGGUGAUGAUGCCUGGCCAUAGGGGCAUGAUUGGGAUGGUGCCUGGGAUUGAGUUCGGGGCAGGCAUGGCCAUGUACUCUCUCUUCGGCUAUUUCAUCCGCACCUGGAGACUCUUCACCACCACCGGCAUGUGGUUCUGUCUGCCCAUCAUUCUCUACUGGUUCUUCGUGAUGCCAGAGAGCCCGCGAUGGUUGUUAGAGCAGGGAAAGUAUCGCGAGUUCAAACAGGUGGCCAAGGACAUCGAGGUCAAAACGAACAAGACCCUGGAUCCUAACAUGUGGUCUUCGAACAUGUUGCUGUAUUAUGCACUAACAAUGGGUCAGGACCUGUUCGCUCUGAACCUGUACUCCUACUCUCUGCUGAGUGGCCUGUUUGAGAUGCCGGGAGUGGUGCUAGUGAUGCUCACCAUCAACUGGGCCGGAAGGAGGUCGGUGAUGGUGGCUGGACUCAUUCUCUGCUCUGUAUCUCUCGCUCUGUGCAAGCUAUUCGCAGGGACGAAGAGUCUGGUUUUGGUGUUCGCCUCCUUCAGCAAACUGUUUGUGACUGGCACUUUUGACCUCAUCUUCCUCUACACGGGCGAACUACUUCCCACGCUCUCCCGAACCACAGGAAUUGGUAUAUGCUCCUCCUUUUGUCGUUUCGUGGGCAUGGGGUUCCCCUUCAUAGACGUAUUGAACAGCUACAUAGACGGUGCCAGUCUAGCCCUGAUGAUCGUUCUGGCUCUUCUCUCUGCCAUCGCUUGUCUGGCCCUCCCGGAGACCAGAGGUCAGGAAUUGCCAGAGACUAUCCAACACUGCCACUUGCUGGCCCAGGGGCGUCUCAAGAAACAAAAGCAGCAACAGUUGUCAGAGUGCAGCGAAACGUGGGAGGCGAAGCUUUGA